UUAAAAACGUCUUCGUCACACUGUAUGGGAGGUGGUAGCAUACACAUUGUGCUAUGGCACGUGUAGACAUCAGAGGACUUGGGGAAUCUGUUUUCUCCUUCCACCGUGUUGGUCCUACCAACCCAGAGCAUCAGGAUGGCGACAAGCUCCUUCACCAGCUGAGCUGUCUGGUGUCCUCCCUGCUUUGCCGUUUUACAGUUCCAGAGUAGACAGUGUAGGCUGAGCCCUGAGAAAGGAGUCACCUGAUUUGAAUAUUUUUGAUAUAAAUAUAUUUUAAAUUAUCAGGCAGAAUCUCCCCCCCCCCAAACAAAACAAACAAACAAACAAACCCAGGGUCUCAGGUAGCCUUGUCUGGUCUGCAACUUGCUAACUAGCCAAGACUAAACUUGAACUCCUGAUCUUCUUGCCCCAGUCUACCAAGUGUUAUUCUAGAAGUACACUAUAGUACUGGGGCUAUACAUUGUCAUUUUUAAAGGUUCUAUUUUAAGUAAAAUUCUGAAAUUUAUUAAGAUAAAAACCUCAUGUAAUAGAGUUUUAGAGAUAAAAAAUGAAAUCUGAAAUUAAAAUUUGUAUUUGUGCUGUGUUACAUGGCUGAAGAAAACAUUUUAUUGGAAGAUGGCCACUAUGCAGUUGCGGAGGACAGCUUCCAUGAGUGCAUUGGUAUUUCCCAAUAAGAUCUCAACUGAGCAUCAGUCUUUGAUGUUUGUGAAGAGGCUCCUUGCAGUUUCAGUAUCCUGCAUCACCUAUUUGAGAGGAAUAUUUCCAGAACGUGCUUAUGGGACAAGAUAUCUGGAUGAUCUUUGUGUUAAAAUUCUGAAAGAAGAUAAAAAUUGUCCAGGUUCUUCACAGUUAGUGAAGUGGAUGCUAGGAUGCUAUGAUGCUUUACAGAAGAAAUAUCUAAGGAUGAUCAUUCUAGCUGUAUACACCAAUCCAGAAGAUCCUCGGACAAUCUCAGAAUGUUACCAGUUUAAGUUCAAGUACACAAAAAAUGGACCAGUCAUGGACUUUAUAAGCAAAAAUCAAAACAAUAAAUCUAGUACAACAUCUGCUGACACCAAGAAAGCAAGUAUUCUCCUCAUUCGGAAGAUUUAUGUCCUAAUGCAAAAUCUAGGACCUUUGCCUAAUGAUGUUUGUUUGACCAUGAAACUUUUCUACUAUGAUGAAGUUACACCCCCAGAUUACCAACCUCCAGGUUUUAAGGAUGGUGAUUGUGAAGGAGUAAUAUUUGAUGGGGACCCUACAUACUUAAAUGUGGGAGAAGUCCCGACACCUUUUCACACCUUCAGAUUAAAAGUGACCACUGAGAAAGAACGAAUGGAAAAUAUUGAUUCAGCCAUAUUAACACCAAAACAAUCAAAAAUACCAUUUCGAAAAAUCAUAAUGGACAAAGAUGAUGUAGAAGAUGACAAUCAUAAUAAUUUUGACAUUAAAACUAAAAUGGACGAACAGAAAGAAAACUUGGGAGCUUCUGAAAUUAAAGAACCAAAUUUAGAUUAUAAGGAAGAAGAAAUUAUGCAGUUCAAAAAAACCCCAAGUCCUUCAAUUUCUCAUUGUCAGGUUGAACAGUUAGUCAGUAAAACAUCUGAACUUGAUGUGUCUGAAAGCAAAACAAGAAGUGGGAAAAUCUUUCAGAGUAAAAUGGUAAAUGGAAAUCAAGGACAAACUUCUAAAGAAAAUCGAAAGAGAAGUCUUCGUCAGCCUGGGAAAACAGUCCUUCAUCUCUUGGAAUCUUCUAGUCAAGAGUCAGUGACAAAAAGAAAGAGAGUUAGUGAACCACAGGAACAGACCUAAAAAUUAUUUUUCUUAUGCAGAUUCGUAGUUCUCAACAUUUAAACUAAAAUAUACUGUAUUAUUAUUUGAAGGUGUGCUUUUUGUACCUCUGAAAAUUAUUUUGUGGCUCACACAGUUAUUACACUAAUGAAAGUUUUAGCUAUUAUAUUGUGUUUACCUGAGCUAAAUCCAAGGGAACUUUUGGCUAAACCAAAGUAUAAAUGUCACCAUUGAUUCUGCUCAUUAUCCACUGAAUACAAUCUGCCUUCCAUUUUAAAGCUUUUUAAAAAUAUGUGUUAACUUUUAAGGCUCUCUAGAACCAUUUCUGAAAUGUUUAUUCUAGCAUUAAAAUUUUGUAAGGAUUCACUUUUUACAUAUGUUAAAACUGUACCAUUUAAUUGGUGUUAUUAAAAUAAUGUUUGAU